AUGAGCGGCGUCGGUGAAAACUCAUCUGACCCUGCCAGGGCAGAAGCACGGAAACGCAAAGAAUGCUCUGCCGAUCUAAUAGGACCCAGUCCCAAGCGGAGCAACGAGAAGCGCAACCGCGAGCACGAGAACAAAUACAUCGAAGAGCUGGCCGAGCUGAUCUUCGCCAACUUCAACGACAUCGACAACUUCAACGUCAAACCGGACAAGUGUGCAAUCCUGAAGGAAACUGUGAAACAGAUCAGACAAAUAAAGGAGCAAGAAAAAGCAGCAGCAGCAAAUGAAGAGGAGGUGCAGAAGGCUGACGUCUCAUCAACAGGCCAAAGCGUGAUAGACAAAGAUGCCUUGGGACCAAUGAUGCUGGAGGCGCUGGACGGCUUCUUCUUUGUGGUGAACAUGGAGGGAAACAUUGUGUUUGUGUCGGAGAACGUGACCCAGUACCUCCGCUACAACCAGGAGGAGCUGAUGAACACCAGCGUCUACAGCGUGCUGCACGUCGGAGAUCAUGCCGAGUUCAUCAAGAACCUGCUGCCUAAAUCCCUCGUCAAUGGUGUCCCGUGGUCCAGCGAGGUUCCAAGGAGGAAUAGCCACACAUUCAACUGCCGAAUGCUGGUCAACCCGCACAGCGAGAGCCAGGACGAGCCGCACGAGCACGAGUCCCAGCAGCAGAAAUACGAGACCAUGCAGUGUUUCGCCGUUUCAGAGCCCAAGUCCAUCAAAGAGGAAGGAGACGACUUUCAGUCAUGCCUGAUCUGUGUGGCUCGAAGGGUACCCACGAAGGAAAGGCCCAUGCUUCCCACGCAUGAGAGCUUCACUACACGCCAGGACCUGCAAGGUAAGAUAACCUCCUUGGAUACCAGUCUGCUGCGAGCGUCCAUGAAGCCGGGCUGGGAGGACCUUGUGAGGCGCUGCAUUCAGAGGUUCCACUUACAGAAUGACGGAGAGAUGUCCUUUGCCAAGAGACACCAGCAGGAAGUGCUCCGCCAAGGCCAAGCUUUCAGUCCCAUCUACCGGUUCUCCCUCUCCGAUGGAACCAUCGUCUCAGCUCACACAAAGAGCAAACUGGUGCGCUCACCUGCCACCAACGAACCGCAGCUCUACAUGUCCCUGCACAUUCUACAGAGGGAGCAGACAGUGUGCGGAAUGGGUCAGGACAUGGGUCCCGGCAGCCAGGCAACAGGAAUGGCCAAACCAAUGAACUCCUCCACUCCUUCCAUGACGCCACCAACCCCAGGCAGUUUGCCAGGUUCGGGGCCUCAGGGCCAAGACACUACUAUCAGCAGCAACAGCACGCCUUUCUCCCCCCCUGGCCCAGCUGGUCCCAGAGAACCGGCAGCCAUCGGGGGCCACAUGCAGGGCUACCGCUUUGGUUGCCCGCCACCUCAUAACCACACUGGGGGGAUGCAACCCCCUCAGCAGGGCUCCAACUGGAGGAUGAACAGCCCCUCUCGCGCCAGCCCCAGUCCGGCUGGAGGGCCGCACCCACCUCAGCAGAACUCUAUGCUGUCCCCCCGACACCGAGGUAGCCCCGGAGGCGCCGGCAGCCCUCGCGUGGCAGGGGGCCUGCACUCGCCCUCCCCAGUCGGGAUGUGUGGAGGCGGGCCGGGAGGGGCGGGCAGCAGCGCGGGUGGCGGCCAUGCUAACAGCUACACUAGCAGCUCUCUGUCAGCUCUGCAGGCCCUCAGCGAGUGCCACGGGGUAGGACACGGCCACGGGCCCCCGCACGCACACACACUGGGAUCUCCAGAGCGCAAGAUGGGCUCCCCAGCUGGGGUCACCCCAGGGUCGGGGGUAAACGCCCACCUGAUGUCAAAACUCGGAGGAGGUAGCAGCGCUACUGGUGGAACGGGGGACUUUGGACCUCACUCAGAGGUCGGUCAGGGGCACCCCCAGGCCCAAACGGAGAGCAGCCAAGCCGAGCUGAAGGAGGAGAGGGACGGGUCACUGGAGGGCCACGACGCUCACAACCGCAUGCAUGACAACAAGGUUAACACCAAGUUACUCCAGCUGCUCUCUUCUAAGCCAGAACCUCUGGAGACGCCUCUGUCUCCCGGCGCCGGAGGCGAGGGCAAGGACCAGGCCGGUUCAGGGGUCCGGGGCAGCCACGCCGGUGGGAGCACUCAUGCCACCUCCCUCAAAGAGAAACACAAAAUCCUCCACCAACUGCUUCAGAACAGUACAUCUCCUGUGGACCUUGCCAAACUCACUGCGGAGGCCACUGGCAAAGAACUGGGCCAAGACCAAACACCGGGCGCCGGUAGCACGGCUUCUGGGGCAGAAAUCACUCCCAAGCCUGAGCCACUGAGCCCCAAAAAGAAGGAAAAUGCACUGCUGCGCUAUCUACUGGAUAAAGACGACACUGUAAGGAAGGACAAGGUCCCUAAGCUUGAGCCCGGGGAGGUGAAGAUUGAAGGGGGCAAACACCCGCAGGUGAAGGCUGAGAAACCAGAUGCCGGAUACGACCGCGCCGAGCAGUCAUCGGAGCUGGACGACAUCCUGAACGACCUGCAGAGUGCUCAGCCGCAGCUCUUCUGUGAGCCCCGGCCCGUGUCGCUGCCCAGUCCCAUGGACAAACAGAACAUCAUCAAUGACAUCCUGCAGAUGUCCGAGACCAAUCCUGCCAUGGCGGCGGCGCAGCAGCAGCAGCACCGAGGCCUCGGACCUGGCAUGGGCCCGACCAACUUUGGGGGUGUGCGACCAGGCCAGCCAGGCCGGGGAAUGCCUGUGAGGAGUGUGUCUCUGGAUAUGAAUGUGUCCCCUCAGCAGCCCUCAUUACAGUAUCCCAUAAGAGCCACAAGCCCAUAUACUCUUAUGCAACAACAAGGCAUGGUGGGAAGUCACGGUAUGAUGCCAAACCAGGCCGGCAUGGUAAACGCAGGACUGAUGGCUGCGGGGGGUCCUCGGCCGGGCAUGCAGCAGCAGGAGGGCUGGGGGGGGUCAGCCUCUGCACCUCCUUUAGGAGCGUCCGGACCUGGCCAGCAAAGUGCUAUGCAGAGCAGGAUGGGACCCAACGGUGCGCCCAUGAGAGCCAGCAGCCAGCCGGGGCCUCGUCCAAUGCUCCACUCACCAAUGAUGUCCAAUGCUCAACCCGAUAUGGACAUUGGCAUCGUCGGCCACCAUUUUUCCCAACAACAGGCUCCACCCAACCAGACGGCCCCUUGGCCCGACAGCAUGAUGCCAAUAGACCAGACAGCGUUUGUGAACCAGAGCAGGCCUGCACCGCAGGAUGAGCUCCUCUCCAGCGCAGGGCUCGGCUCAGGGGAUGGCAGCUCAGUGGACGAGGGGGCCCUGAUGUCCCAGCUGUACACGGCACUGAAGGAUUUCGACGGGCUGGAGGAGAUCGACCGCGCUCUUGGAAUCCCUGCUAUGAGCCAGUCAUUGGAACCAGACCAGUUCACCCAAGACCCCUCCAUGAUGUUGGACCAGAAGCCCCCAAUGUACACGCACCAGCAGUUCGGCCACCCACAGUCCCACAUGGCACAGAGGGGCUACCCUGGCGCUCCCAUGCAGGAGCCUGGCUUUCACCCCAUGUCUGGCCAAAUGGGGCCGCGGCCGGGCUACCCCAUGAUGAGAAUGCAGGCCAGGCCUGGACUCAGGCCGGCCGGGGUGGUCCCCAACCAGCCCAACACACUACGCCUGCAGCUCCAGCACCGACUGCAGUCACAACAGAACCGGCAGCCAAUGAUGACUCAAAUGAGCAGUGUGUCAAAUGUGAACCUACCUCUUCGAGCCAGUGCUCCAAACCAGGGAACCAUUAACGCUCAGAUGCUGGCGCAGCGUCAGCGGGAGCUGCUGAGUAAUCACCUGAGGCAGAGGCAGCAGCAGCAGCAGCAGGUGCAGCAGGCCCAGCAGGUCCAGCAGCAGCGGAGCAUGGCCAUGAGGGCCCAGGGCCUCAACAUGCCUCCCAACAUGGCCGCCGGAGGCAUGAGUAACCCCAGGAACCCCCAGGCCAACCCCCAGCAGUUCCCCUACCCGCCCAGCUACGGUACCAGUACAGGCCUGGCCUCGUCACCUCCCCCCACCACCCCCUUCUCCUCCCCACUGUCCCCCAGCCUGCCCCCUCUCCCUCAAAACCCUCAGCUCCACCUGCAUGGCACCUCCUCCUCUUCCUCCACCUCCUCCUCCUCCUCACAGAUGAUGAUGGGAAACACAAACAUGAUGGGCGGACAGUAUGGGGCCGCGGAGGGCAGCUUCGGAGGCCCCGGCACGCCGCAGAGCCCCCUGCUGUCGCCCCGCAUGGCGCACACGCAGUCCCCCAUGAUGCAGCAGGGCCAGCAAAGCGCUGCCUUCCAGGGCUCCCCCGACAUGAACGGGUGGCCGCAGGGCAACAUGGGAGGCAGCAGUAUGUUCUCGCAGCAGCAGGCGUCCCCGCAGUUCACCCAGCAGAGUAACAGCAACAUGUACAACGGCAACGGCAUGAGUCUCAACAGCGUCUCCAUGGCAACCAACAUGGCAACCAGCAGCAUGGGCCAGAUGCCUGGGCAGAUGAGUGCCACAUCGAUGGCAUCGGGCCCCUCGCCCGGCCUGCCUUCCAUGGGCCAAGAACAGGUAAGCCCCAACAGGCCGGGCCGGACUCUCAGAGUGCUGACUCAGCACGUCGCCCCAACCGAGCACCAAGGGCCGGGGAGGGAUUAG